GCUAGAUGAGGAAACAAGCUUUUUUCCUCUUGUCUGUUCUGCAUAUUUAAAACUGUACAAUAAGAAUACUCACUACAAAUAUAUACUACAACGUAUACCGUUAGCAGUGACUGGCCCUGCCCACAGCGGAAGUACUCUUACAAAAAUAAAGAGUGCUACCCGGUGCUGCCUGGAAGAGGAGCUCUGCUCGAGUUUUCAUUGGCUCAGACUAAGUAAGGCGCUUGAGAAGUCAAUGUGUGACGUCUUUAACAGCUGGGAGAAGUAAAUGAACAAGAAAUCCUGCAGUAAAGGUGUUUUGAAACACUGGAAUGUGGAGAAGAGCAGCGGUAUAUGGGCCUUGGCUGUCAAUCAGAUUAGUAAACGCAGGGUUUCAUGAGAAGCAGGGCAAUAUGUCUCGUAAGUUGCACGCGAGAAGAAUCGAAGGAAUCGACAAGAAUAUAUGGGUGGAAUUAACUCAGCUGGCUGCUGACUAUAAGGCAGUGAACCUGGGUCAGGGGUUCCCUGAUUUCUCCCCUCCUAGUUUUGUUCAGGAGGCUUUCUGCAAAGCCCUGAAUGAAGGUUUCUCUAUGCACCAGUACACACGUGCUUUUGGCCACCCAAAUCUUGUGAAGAUCCUGGCCAAGUUCUUCAGUAGGAUUGUAGGCCGGGAAAUAGACCCAAUGGAGGAUAUCUUGGUUUCUGUAGGAGCAUAUCAAGCACUUUUCUGUACCUUCCAGGCUCUCAUUGAUGAGGGCGAUGAGGUUAUUAUUGUGGAGCCAUUCUUUGAUUGUUAUCAGCCAAUGGUAAUGAUGGCGGGAGGAACAGCUAUAUAUGUGCCCCUUAAACCAAGAGAAGACUUCUUUCAACCACAACCCAUUCAAGACUGGGUGUUGUCUCCUGAAGAGUUGGCGAGUAAAUUUAGUCCUCGUACCAAAGCCAUUGUCAUUAACACUCCUAAUAACCCUCUUGGCAAGGUCUACAAGCGGAAGGAACUUCAGAUGAUUGCUGAUUUAUGCAUUAAACAUGAUGUCAUUUGCAUCAGCGACGAGGUGUACGAGUGGCUCACAUAUGAUGGAACAAAACAUGUGAAAAUCGCCAGUCUGCCAGGUAUGUGGGAACGCACUGUCACCAUUGGGAGUGCAGGCAAGACUUUCAGUGCCACAGGAUGGAAGGUGGGCUGGGCAAUGGGAUCAGAACAUAUCCUAAAGCACUUAAAAACCGUCCAUCAGAAUUCAGUGUAUCACUGUGCCACAGCUGCCCAGGAGGCCGUAGCAGUAGGUUUUCAGAGGGAAUAUGAUGUAUUUGGCACAGAGGAAAGCUAUUUCCACCAGUUACCCAUACAUCUUCAUGAAAAGCGCCUGAGGCUGGCAGAUUGUUUGAAGAGCGUUGGCCUAAAACCUAUACUGCCCCAGGGAGGAUACUUCAUGAUCGCAGAUAUCUCAAAUCUUAAUGUUGACCUUACUGACCCUAGUACUAAAGAUGAACCCUAUGACUACAGAUUUGUGAAAUGGCUCAUAAAAGAGAAGGGACUGGCCACUAUCCCUGUGUCUGCAUUCUACAGCCCGGAACACAGAAAUGAAUUCCAGAAAUACAUCCGAUUCUGUUUUGUUAAGGAGGACUCAACCCUGCAAGCAGCAGAGGACAUACUGAGGCAGUGGAGUGAUGGCAAAUUAAAAAAAUUCUGACAGGACAGGCCUAGCACAGACUAAAAAACCUGAAAAGCAAGAGAUCGUACAGCAUAACAAAUCUAAAAUGAGACUGGGUUUUGGCAGUUUGGGAUAUGAAUAGUUAUUAAAAAGAAAAGUGUUUGUUAUUAGGCUUAAGAUUGACUAUAUGCCAGACGAACAGAUGGUGCUAAUUGCAUCACAAAACAAAGGUAUGAAAAUCUUGCAUGGCAUGUGUGCUUAAAAAAAGGAAAUGAGAAUCAUUGUUCCCAUGAUAACAAUUAAUAUAAUGUAAUUUUAGUAUUAGUAUAAUUUUAUGCUCAAAACACACUAGUGGGUGCAAUCUUUUCGGCCGGUUAAGUGUUAUUGUUCUUUGAAUGUUGUUCUCUCACAUUUUUUGGCAUUGUAUUGCCACAUAUUUCCUUCCUCUCUGGAUUAUACCUUGAACUGCAUCACCGCCUGUUAUUACUGGAUCCACUCCGAGUUACGAAUUACACAUGAAUAGAUUUCAUUUUAUGUUACACUGUGUUAUUAAUUGGUACAAUGUGUUCUAUUGUUCUAAAAUGUUCUAAACACUGUCACCAAUUACGCAAGUUUUUUUUUUUUUUUUUUUUUUUUUUUUUGACAUUUCUGCAGGAGAUAUAGUAAUAAAUUAAGUGUAAUUUUCACACACUGGUCUGUUUAAAAUAAUAUACACAAUUAAUUGCAGUAUAAAUAGUAAUAAAACAAAUCUGAACAUACUCUUUAUAGCACAGGCACACUCAUUUCUAGCAUAUAAAAUUAAAGCAUUUAGCCUUUCUUAUUACAGUAGAUCACUGGGUAAAUGAAAAUGCAAUAUUCCCAUCAAUAUUGCCAAAUCCAAACUAAAAGGAAACAAGGUCAAAGUGGGGAAGUGGGACAAUUACUUUUUUGGCAAAAAAAUAAAUUUGACCCUUUCCAUUAAUAGUAUACAUUAAAAAGUACUUACUAUACUUAGAAUGUGAAUAAUUGAGAGGUAUAUUGCUGAACUUUACACAGAGGUCAUAAACAAUCAACACAAUAAUAGCAAAAUCUUCAGGAGAAAAUGUAUGUUCUGUUAGAUUUCAGGAAUAAAAAUGUGACUUCAAAACUAA